ACUAGCUCGUUGUAUGACCUUGGGCAAAUCUUUCUGUGUCUGAGUUCUCAUGUCUUAAAAAAGGGGUCAUUGGGUGACCUAGUGAACAAAGCAUGCUUGACGCAUAGUGAUAUACUGGUGAGUGUUAGGUAUUGUUUUUGUUUUUAGAAAUAAUGUCUUCAAAUUCUCUUUCCUGCUGGACUGAAUGCACUGUGAGGGCAGAGACUGCAUCAGUUUUGUCUACUGUUAUUUGACUUCUUUGUAGAUACCUCAGAUUGGCUUAUCUCUCAGCUCCUCCUCUGCCUCCUCCUCUUUUUCUUCUUCCUUUUUGCUUAAAAAAUUUUUGUUGUUGUUGUUGUUAAUUUGUAAAUGGAGUUGUUGAGAAAAGAUUAAGAUGGGUGACUACUGUUCAUGAGAUUCUGGGUUUUAUUAAGGGAACUUGGGGAAGGAAGUGGUUGGAAAAUGGACAUUUUUUUUUAAGACAAAGAAAAGGCUAGAACACUUAAAUCCUGAGCUCUAUAGUGUGCAUCUGCCUUUAGGAGGUGCUGUUGAUCAGGAUUAUCCUAAUGCAAGCAAAGGGAAAUGGGAAGGGAAAAGGCAGCGAUGACAUCAACAGGAAAUUAAUAUUAAACCUGAGGGCCCAGUAUUCAUUGCAGUCAGCAGUAAGCAAGUCUGAAGUUUUCCUCCCGCGUAAAUGGGAGCUUUCUUGAAACUUGGAGCCCAGAGAGGAUCCUAAUUCCUUUAAAACUUUGUUUUCAGGUAAUUUCCCCAAGAACCACUUACUUCCAGAGGAUCCGUGGCAUCUGAUUUGAAGAGCUCCAACCGGAAGACGAACUCCAACGGAAACUGUUGUGCUGAGUUGUCCUCCAUUUCACUCGCUUCUACGGGGACAUUUUGAUUUCAGAGAAGUCAGGACUGGCCAUGUCAUCCGGCAUUCAGAGUUGGAUUCCCGGUCCGGAGGAUAAUGGUAGGGAGAAGCUGCGCAAAAGGCUUGUGCAUAUUGAUUCAAACCUUGAAGACCUAGAGGUGCAAAAAUUGAAGUUUCUCUGCCGAGACUUCGUCCCCAGCAGGAAGCUGGAGAAGGCCAGCUCGGCCUUGGAUAUUUUUGACCAUCUCAUUAACGAGGAGCGGCUGAGUGAGGAAGACCCCUUCCUCCUGGCGGAACUCCUCUACAUCAUGAAGCAGAACUUGCUGCUGAAGUACCUCAGCUACACCAAAGAGCAAGUGAAGGAUCUGCUGCCCACCCGGAAGCAGGUCUCCCCGUUCAGAAACCUGCUCUUUGAACUGUCAGAAGACAUCGACUCAGAGAGCUUGAAGGGCAUGAUCUUCAUUCUGAAGGAGUCCUUGCCGAAAGUCGAGACGCCGACCUCUCUAAGUUUCCUGGAACAUCUGGAGAAACAAGCUAAAAUAGAUGCAGAUAAUCUGAUCUUACUGGAGGAUCUCUGCAACACUUUUGCACCUCAUCUUAUGAGAAAGAUAGAAAAAUAUAAAAGAGAGAAAGAAGCUGAGCAAAACGAGGAAGAACUACUUUCUGCUUCAAACAUUAAUCAAAUCCGUCAAGCCUUACCAGAAAUUUCAUCGGAGGAAACUGUGUACAGGAUGGAUCAUGAACAUAGAGGCUACUGUGUUGUUAUCAACAACCAGAACUUUACCUCACUGUCAAAAAGACAAGGGACUGAUAAAGACGCUGAGUGCCUGAAGCAUGUGUUCCAGUGGCUUGGAUUCAACGUAGAUAUGCGGGUUGAUGUAACUAAAGAACGCCUGGACGAAAUUCUGCAAGAAUAUAAGAGCCAUCCAGACCAUGCCGACGGAGACUGUUUUGUGUUCUGUUUUCUGACCCACGGGCAACUUGCAAGUGUCUACUCUUCAGACGAGGCCCUCAUUCCCAUCUGGGAGAUCAUGUCUCACUUUACGGCCCAGCAGUGCCCUGGUCUGGCUAACAAACCCAAACUCUUUUUCAUCCAGGCCUGUCAAGGAGGAGAGAUACAAUCUUCUGUAUCCAUUGAAGCAGAUGCUGUAAAUCCCGAGUCAGGAAAUUCUCCCCCUAAGAACACUAUUCCUGCGGAAGCAGAUUUCCUUCUUGGCCUGUCCACUGUCCCCGGCUACGUAUCUUUUCGUCACAAGACAGAGGGGAGCUGGUAUAUUCAAUCUCUGUAUAACUGUUUGAAGAAAUUGGUCCCAAGACAUGAAGAUAUCUUAUCCAUCCUCAUUGCUGUCAAUAAUGAUGUGAGUCGACGAGGUGUAACGAUGAAACAGAUCCCUCAACCUCAGUACACACUACGUAAAAAAGUCAUAUUCCCUGUGCCCCUGGGGGAACCUCCAGAGAGGGUUUUCACUGACUCUUAGACUUGAAAGGAACCUUCUCUUCCAACUUCCCACCCAGCAUAGGAAUCAGUGACAGAUGGUGAACUGGCCUUCGUCUGUCACUCUAGCAAUAAGAAAUGUUCUACUUUCUGACACAGUAAAUUCUGUGUCCCCCCCCUUCCCCUUUUAAACAAAUCUAAAUGCUACAAAACUUUUUUCUUUUUAAUUAUUGAUGCCUUGGGUUAUAAUCUUGGCUUUUGCUCUGCACCCUGAGAAAAAAGCAAUUGACUUUGGUUUAUGUAGCUGUGAAGGAAAAGGUGGAACGAGGGACAUUUUAAGGUUCCCCUUCGCUCUAGGAACCAAUGUCCUUAGAUUUCCCCUCUCCUUGACCACUCCUUGUUAUAAGGGACCACUCCUGUGUCCCCUCCCCAUGGCCCUGUUUUGGACAUUGACCAAUGAUGAGAUCACAAGAUCAUGGUUUCCAACCCUCCCAAAGCUUUCCUUCUGCACACCUCCUGAGGGGAACCUUUGGUUUACAGCCACGCCCGCCUGCUUCCGUGUUCAGGAAGGUGUUGCUGCAGGAACUGGGCUGGCUCUAGGAAAUGACACGCUCAGCUACUCCGGGAGCAGAAACUUUACAACCUGAUGCUACUUCCCUGUCGGUCAGGACCUUGCAGAGGCUGGUGACAGAACACUCAACGCAGACUGAGGAAAGCAAAGGACUUACUGCCUCUGCCACUUGAACACAUGAUGCGUGGUGCUGACUUCCGGGGAGGCCUGAGUCGGGACUCUGGGGUACAGCGUGUGUCUCCCGG